AUGACUCCUGCACCGGUCAGUCCCAGUCCAACUUCCAUGCAGGGACCGCUAUUUCAAUCGGCUCGCGACCAGGAGACGGCGAUGUUCAAGCACCUUGUGUCCUGCUGUCAUCCACCUGCGACAGGGGUCUCCCCAACCACGACUCCUCCGUCGACCAAGAGACCGAGACAGGACCAGGCAGAUGCAGCGAUGCCCCAAGCGGGGCAGGGCACCGAGUCUGCAGCGGCGGACAAGGGCAAGGGCAAGGCCAAGGGCAAAGGAAAAGGCAAGGGCAAGGGAAAGAACAAGGGCAAAGGUCAAAGACCAGGUCCGAGUCAGGGCCCAAACAAGCAAGCUUGGUGGAGUACCUCGGGAAGCGGAGGAGAGCAACUGACGGAGUGGGAUGCUCAGGCGUGGAACUAUGACAUGAAGCUCCACUUCUUCUUUCGCCCCGAUCCUCCGGGGUCCGUUUUGCCGUUCAUGACUCAGGUCGCGAAAAAAUGGAGGGAACUGAUGGACCAGAACAAGGUACAAUCCUCCCUGCGCGAGACCAUGUUGCGAGAGCUGAUUCACGAACUCAAAGGACGGAUCCAGGGCUUCACGGCGGCGGCUAUGGUCGAGAUGCAGAAGCAGGCUCACGAGAUGGAGUGGGUGGACUCUCAGGGCAACUGGAACUACAUGAAGUGGGACCCAGAGAUGCAGAAGGAGGUCUUGAUUCCACGUGUGGAGAGUCGCUCGGUGGACGACUCACUCCUACAGGAUGUGGGGGAGAUCGAGAGGCUCAUCAAUGGCACUACGAUACGCCACUUUGGCAGUGUGAGGCCGCUGAGCCAAAACUACACGACUCAGUGGGUUCAGUUUGUUCUGGAGAUCGAGCUGAGACAGGAUGGGGACAGCCUCUGGCGUCUCUUCAACUCCCUCAUCAACUGCGCAGUGCUGUCAGAGCCUCACUCUCUCACCUCGCUUGUGCUUUAUCGCAUUGACCUCCUUGCCAUCAGUCUUGCCAACCCCACCAGCAAAACUUGCUACAUGAAUAGUGCUCUGAAUGCACUGCUCUUCGUCAUACACAGUCUUGGGUCCAUCUGUGAGGCUGACUUGGGGCAACUCCGACAUGCCUACCAAGCGUUGCUUGAGCGAGCUGCUCCGCUUGAUAUCAGUCGACUGCUGACUUGGAUCAUGUUUAUCAGUCCUUGGGAUGCCCCCUUCCAGCAGCAUGAUGUUGGUGAAUUUAUUCAACAUGUUGUGAUGAGGAUUCGCUCGCCUUUAUUACGGGGCACGUGGCAAGCCAGGCAGGCCUUUGACAAUCAAUGCCGGAUUGUGGACUCCGGUCCUGCAACUGCUCCUGUGCUCCUUCCUCUGUCAGGGGCAUCCAUGACAUUACAAUCUUGCAUUGAUCAGUGGAGUGCUCAAGAUGACUCAGCCAUUCAGCAUGCCUUUACAGCUGACACGACCGCAGUACUUUUCCAGCUGAUGAGGUUCAAUGCUGUGGGGACUUGGAGGCGCAAGCGUACAGUCAAGGACUCAACACGUGUGGGUGAUAUUCUGACAACCAUUUUGCUUCCUGUCUAUGCUGAUAAUCUCCUCCCAACUGUGCAUCUCAAGUCUUUCGAGGUGGUGGCGAGCAUUGUCCACUAUGGAGCACUGGCAGAUUCGGGGCAUUACAGAUGCGUGUGGAGGAAAAAGGCUGACAAUGGAGUGGAUGGAAUUGCAUUGACGGCUAAUAUGGCCUGA